AUUUUUAAUCAUUUUAACUUGAAGUUUGUAUACUCUGACGUCAACGACACGAUUCUUUACCUCGAAGAUUCCUCAUUUCCAAAUAUUCUCGGGACCCCUCAAGCAACCAUGCCAGACCUCAACACGAUCACCCAGCACUUCUCGAACAAGGUCGUCCUUGCACGCGGCGGCGUGCUUGUGUCGUCGCUCAUCGCGUUCUUCACGAGCACCGGCGUGACCGGCAUCAGCCAAGGCGACUACGCAUUCCUCAUCAGCUUCAUCACGUUGUCGUACGUGCUCCUGCACUUCAUCUUCGUCACGGUCCAAAAGACUGUGUCCAUCUUGCCCCAGACCCAGUUGAUCAUCGAUGGUGUCCUCUCCAUCCUGUUGUUGGCCGGUGGCAUUGCCCUGGCCGCCUUCCGCUGGGGAUUGCCCGGUUCCGGCAUCGCGGCGGUGAUCUUCCUCUUCAUCGCCACCCUCUUCCAAGCCGGUGUCGUCGCGUUGCAGGUGUUGGAAAAGAACGCCAACAACAACUCGGAACCUGUUGCGUUUGUCGACACCCCUGCCGACAACUACCUCAAGGCCACCACCCCCGUCGGUGAAGCCCCCGUCGUCAAGGACCCCGAACACAGCGCUGUUUAAUUAACUAAUGUCUAUUGCUAAAACGUCCAAAACUUGGUAUGAGUUUCUAUGGUAUUCAACCUCCAUAACGAGUUGUAUUGGCAUUGUGCAACCCAAGGCCUUGGCAAAGCAGUCCAGUCGUUUCAGCACUCACUUCGGUGCCACAACAUGUGACAUGGAUGCGGAAGCAUUCCGAGACAUUUCAUGUAGGGGCCAAGUAUGCAUCAUCUAAUGGGAAAGUAAGUGUACCGGUACUCUUACGUAGUCGCAAUACAGUACCGGUAAAGUUAGUGGAAGCGUUGCUUUCUGUAAGUCCAUCAUGUUUCAUAACUAGCGCGGCAACACUGGCGGCCCCUACAAGAUAAAUGGAACGGGAAUAUCACAUUGCUUGUCGGAACGGAAUGGGAGCGGAAUGGAUCAUGGUUGUAACAUAAAAAACCAAUUUAAGAUAACUUAACCAAUUUAGGAUAACUUUGUAUUGCCCAA